AAAUAACAGGAACAAUAGGGUCCCUGUCCCCAGGCCAUUUGUAGCAGUGGCUGGGCUCCCUGGAGGCACAACUCCUUCACCUUGGCCAUGGACAAGCUCAGGAGGAGCAAGCCCCGGUUGGGACCACCCCUUCCACCCCCAAGAUGUGUAGUCUCCUGUCAAGACUCCCCAGUUUGGAGAACAGAUGCCCCCUGCGCGUCUCCUCUGCCUGCCGCAGGGACCUGGAGACACAGGCACCCCAUCCCGAAGGCCCAGGAGGAGGAGGAAGAAGAGGAGGAUCAAUAUGAGCUGCCCCCCUGUGAGGCUCUGCCCGUCAGUCUAGCUCCUGCCCACCUUCCUGGCACUGAGGAGAACUCUUUGUACCUGGAUCACUCUGGACCCCUGGGCCCAUGCAAGUCACCACCACCGAAGCCCCAGCCCAAGAUGUUGAAGACGCCACUGAGCCUGCAGGAGUCUGUGAAGCAGAGAUUGCCCUCUGGGAGAACGCGGUAACCGGGAUGUCCUCUUUCCAGGGCUCACCCUCUCCCC